AACACAAAAUGGUGGUCAUUUUCAAUACAUUUCUCCAAUUUGACACACCUACCAUAAUUGCAGGGGGUGCUGCCUAUGGAAAAUAAUACACGCAGCACCCCCUUGGAACAUAUUGGGGGUGCUUCAGCACCCCCGCUUCCCGGGGGCCAUGUAUUUAGCAAAGUAAGUGACUAUGAGGUUGCAAUGAUUAAUCUUAUUGCUUGAGUGUGAAUCCAAAUUAGAAACACUUUUAAAUCGUGUAUGUAGUGUGCGCGCGUGCGUGUAUUGAUGUAAAUGUGUUUUGCAUUGAUUUCCUCCAUACCUUACUUAAAUAUGUCAUUUUGGUCCAAAUGACUUUAGUAGGUCUGUGAGGGGAUGCACUUUGUUUUUCACAACAGAACAUUGAUUCCACAGUCCCUGAAACGUUAAAACAACCCGUAUGCAUGGUAUGUUAGCUGUUCACUAUCACAAUCUAAUUCUUAAAAAUGAUUGGUCAAAAAAGCAAUGUAUUCCACCAAAGAUAAAAAAAUAAUGAACGUAAAGAUUAAGGUUAGAGGAAAUAUUUUUCAAUCUGAGUUACUAUGAGCGAUUGGUAUUGCCGCCCUUUCACAUGGUUAAGAAAUCCUAAUUUGAAUGAUAAUUCAAGUGAAACAUAAGGCUAAUGACGAAUAUUUAGCACGUGUGAAACCAAACUAGAGCAUGAUUAGAAUCAUGAACGCUAAUCACCGUCACGAUUAUAAUAGCAAUCAUCAUUACAAUGAUGAUUCAAGACUCACGUUUGAAAAGGCCCUUUGAUUUAUUGGCCUUGGUCAUCUAGUUAACUAACCGCCCUUUCAAACGGUAAAAAAUUGAAUGAUGAUUCCAGUCAGCCAGUGAAAAAUAAGGCUAAUGACGAAUAUUUAGCACGUGUGAAACCAACUAGAACAUGAUUAGAAUCACGGACGCUAAUCACAGUCACGAUAACAAUAGCAAUCAUCAUUACAAUGAUGAUUCAAGAUUCAAGUGUGAAAAUGCCCUAAGAUUGAUAUUGUUAUACAACAAUGUUGUUGUUUUUUUCUUCCGCACAGAUUUCUGUGAACGUCAUUCUUCUUGACACUUCAACAUGGGUGCGACUCCACUCUGUACAAGCAUUGGUGUCCUAUUGUGCAUUCUACAUGCAGGGCUUGGUGAGCUGCAGCCUAUCAACAUAACGUUUGGUGAUGUCACGCAAGUAGUCAUGUUCGAAGGCCAAGAUGAAAUCAUCAAUGUUUCAGUAGUUUCUUACGACGGAGACGGCACCGUCUCCGUUUUCUUCGACAGUGAAAACUCGUACACAUUUGAAGUUAUGAACCAGACAUUCGUGCUACUUGAAAUUAAUAACGAUAGCCAUUUUCCUGUGACCGCUCAAGUGACUCUGAAAGGACGACACAUCGGCAUUUCUAAUCUUCGGGUUUUUAUGUCAGCAGUGGGAUCUACGAAUAGUACUCAGUUUGCAUCUCUAAUAGUGAAGGUUAAUGUCGGAAAUUUUUUGAUCCAGGGAAUUCUCCAGUAUAUUUUCUAUAUCCCUUUGGUCUGUUUAUUCUUCAUGAUGGGAGCGAGUAUGGAUCUCGAAGAAAUCGCAAUUUGUUUCAAGCAUCCAAUCCCGAUCUUCGUCGGAUUCUUUUGUCAGUUCGUAGUCAUGCCCGCUCUAUCGCUGGGUAUUGUGAAGAUGUUUGGACUUGACACUGGGUACGCGCUGGGUCUCCUCCUAUUGGGAUGCUGUCCCGGCGGUAAGAUUAGCAACGACCUGACUAUCCUACUCGACGCUGAUUACACCCUUAGCGUAACGAUGACGGCUUGUUCGACCGCACUGGCUUUGGCAACGAUGCCCUUGAAUAUAUUCAUCUAUACCAGAUUCUUGAUUCAAUCAGAAAAUAUCGAAACGCCUUACGGUCAGAUCGCUAUGCAGAUAGCCAUUCUCAUGACCCCUAUCCUACUCGGAAUUUUGCUUAAGUAUAAGCUUCCAUCAAUCAAAGACAAGGUUUUGAAGAUUUUGAAGCCCAUUGUAGCAGUCGUCAUGUUAGCAUCUGCUGGCUUGCUGAUUCCGUUUACUUUGUAUAUCUUUUUGUCCCCCUUAUAUGUUUACCUUGCUGCUUCCCUGCUACCUGUAUGUGGAGCAUUCCUCGGUGGAUUUAUUGCAAAACUGCUGCAACUUCCGAACGAUAAAGUGGUUGCCAUUUCUAUGGAGACAGGGGUUCAGAACGGGUUGUUUGCUAUAGUUGUCCUUAGAGCUGUAUACCCUUCACCGGAAGCAGAUUUGGCUACUUCGGCGCCAACUUUAUCUUUCCUGUCAAUGCUUCUCUUUGGCAUCGCACUGGUCAUCGGUAAGAUCGUCUACACCAGAUUUGUAAACCGGAAGCAAGGCGAAGACACCGAAAAUAUCAUCAAGGUAGAGUCGGAUGACCAAGACAAAGGAAAGGAGGAAAAUGGAAAGGCAAUUGUCCUCACCUCUGUAAACACGCUUGAUGAAGACCAAGUUUUAUGCGAAAACAACAACAACCUUGGCGGUAUCGGUUUUCCUGGUAGAGAUGGUGGUGGCGAUAGUGGUGGAGAUGGGGUUGGUGAUGGGGGUGAUGGUGGUGGUGGUGGUGGUGGAUGUGAUGGUAGUGAUGGAGGCGGUGAUAGUGGUGAUUAGUAACAUUGAACAGGCCUAUACAAUUCUUAUAUCUGUAGUCAUAUGUACUCUAAGAUUCUGUUAGUUCAUUUUUGUUCUUAUAAUACGUCGUUUUCGAACAGAACAAGGUACACUUCUUAGCAAUGAAGUUUGUACCAUAUUGUUACUUUAAUUCUCAUCAUUAUCAUAAUCAUUUUCAUUGUCAUCAACAUUAUUAAUCUUAGUAUUGACGUUGAUAUGGCCGCCAUAAUCGUAAUCUUUGAUGUUGUUUACAUUUUUGUAUCGCCUGCAUAGCAGAGCGAGACUAUAGGCGCCGCUUUUCCGACGGCGGCGGUGACGGCGUCGUCAACAUUGAAAUCUUAGCCAAGGUUAAGUUUUUUAAAUGUCCUCAUAACUUAGAAAGUAUAUAAACUUAGUUCAUGAAACUUGUAUAUAAGGGUAAUCAAGUAUUAUUAAACAUCCUGCCUUAGUUUCAGUUCACAUGACUAAGGUCAAAGGUCAUUUAGGGUCAAUGAACUUAGACCAUGUUGGGGAAUCAAUAUCGAAAUCUCUGAAAUGUCGUCAUAACUUAGAAAGUAUUUGGAUCUAGUUCAUGAAACUUAGACAUAGGAGCAAUUAAGUAUCCCUAAACAUCCUGUACGAGUUUCAGGUCACAUGAUUAGUGUCAAAGGUCAUUUAGGGUCAACGAACUUUGAUAUUUUGGGGGGUAUUUGUGGAAUUGUCAUCAUAAAUUUGAAAUUUUAUGGAUCUAGUUCAUGAAACUUGGACAAAAGAGUAACCAUGUAUUCCUUAAUAUCCUUUGCGUGUUUCACAUGACCAAGAUCAAAGGUCAUUUAAGGUCAAUGAACUUUGGCCAUGUUUUAUGGGGGUAUUUGUUGAAUUGUCAUCAGAACUUAAAAAGUUUAUGGAUCUACACAUGUAGUUCAUGAAACAUAGAUGAAUGAUUGUUUUGCACAUGUCUUAGGUCACAUGAUCAUAUAGUCAAAGGUCAUGUUGGGUCAAUGGACAUAGUAUUAUCAUUAUCAGUAUCAUUAUCAUAUGAGUGUUGUUUUUUUUUGUGAAUAAUUAUUCAAUAGCUGUUUUCAAAGUCAUUACUGCUGCUAUAUUGAAUCGCGUAAUGCAGGCGAGACAGCCAGAGGCGUUCCACUCGAUUCGGGGACGCACCCGAAACCCUGAUUGUCCAGCAUGCCCCCUGGUUUGUUGUCUGAUGUUGAUCUCAUUCGACACUUCAUAUUUCUAAAAUGUUUAAUUUAUCGAAGUUACAUCAUUGUACUUCCUGAUAUCGAUAUUUUAUUUGACAGUUUGUUCACGUUAAACGAAAACACUCGAAUAUUGAAUUAUUUAAUACCAUUUUAAAGGGGGUUUUGGGAGUCUGCAGAAAUACUUAUCUGAUCACUUGGCAUUAAUUACUGUAAGUGCAAUGUGCUAAUACAUGUCAUCAGCCCUCAAACAGUGACUGAUAUUGCUCCGAUCUCUAUAAUAUUUUGGUUACUCUUGUACUCUUCGAGUAAGUUAUACAUGUUUAUUGAAUACUGACUUAUAUAACCGUACCGUAUUAGCACAAGACAUUAACAAAUGUUUUAAAACCAUGAUUAUCUUUUUCCAUAUACCUGAAAGUUUGUGUUUAAGACCCGGGGCCACUCCCAUUGACUAGUGGAUGCAUUCUUGACCAUUGAAUUUCGAAAAACACCCUAAACAAGUAUCGUCCAUGUUCUGAAAAUGCAACCCUUAACAAGUAUUGGUGCGUGAAACCCUACCCUUAACAAGUAUUGGAAUCAAAACGAUACACUUGAAAAAUAUUCGCGGAAUUGACCCCCUAAACAAGUACAACGAUAUCUUAAUUGUUAUAUCACGGACGUGACCCCGAACGUCGGCUUUACCUUUACUUCUAUUGGGUUUAGUAUAUACCGCCCCACACACCUUGCUCAAGUCGGGCCCUAAACGCGUAGUGUUUGGGCAAAAAGCACAUCCUUUAUAAAGUAGUUUAGUCUUUUUAUACCCUCGCAAAUCGGACCGUAAACACGUAGUUUUCCUAGCGAAAUAAUUUAUAUACCCUUUUUUUCAUUAUUUUAGUGUUUUUGACCAAGGAGAUAUCACUCUCUCCUUGUUUUGACACCCUUAUUGCGGUUACGUACGUUUACAUACGUAACGUGGCCUAUCUUGAAGAAAGAGAUCCUUUUUUACGUGUUUUUUUUUUCGUCACGCAUGGUAGCCACGUCAAUGGAAGUGCCCCCCCCCCCCCCCCCGAUGGGAGGGUUAAGAGCAAAUCUAUUAUGUAUAUUUUUUUUCUUUGCAAAACUAAGAUAAAUUUCAAGUCUAAAUAAGACAUUUGGAUGCAUUUUUUAUGACACAUGUUAGAUAAGAUGCGUUGACAGUAGUCGUAUCCACCUGCUCCAAACUUUAGUCAUACCUUACAUCACUUACAUUACCGAUGUUAGGAUGACCCGAUUCUUUUAACACUGUUUAAAAGAAUUGGUCAAUUUUUAUUUGACUUUUAAAAUUUUGUAGCAAGGUCCCAUUUGUUACCUGUGUCUGUUAUAUACGUUAUACAAAUUAAGCCGUUAGAAAACUGCACUACUACUUAAAAGGUAAGAAUUAACAUAGAAUUUACUGGAAACACCGUCCCAAUUUCAUUUUAUAUUCUUCAUCUGUUCAUUGUUAUACAAUGUUUUGUUUAAAAUCCAUAUAAACAAUAGUCAUUGCAACAAAGUGGAAGUUCAGGAUUUCCCUAAUGAAGACCGUUAUAUUUUAUUACAUUGAUAUUAUAUAAUUUCUUUCCAUUAUUUCAUGGUGAGCCCUUUGGGCCGCAUGGGAAAAGAGCAGUAUAAGUAAUUAAUGUAAUAAGCCUUCACUUUCAACCGUGUCAACUCACAAUCUAAACUGCUGACACUCCUCAUAUUUGCUCACUUAGACUGAAACAUUUUUGUCAUGUAUGCCCAGUAGAAAAUGUUUAAUAAUAACUUUUUUCUGCUACCCUUUUUAACGUUCAUAUUCAAUAAAUCUUUACCAAAAUAUGUCUACAGUAUGCGUCCCAGCAAGAUCGAAUUACCAUUUUAAAAAAUGACAGUUUAAUUCCUUCAGUUUGAUAAUAAUAAUAAUAAUAAUAUAGGGUAUUUAUAUUGCGCACAUAUCCACCUUGUUAGGUGCUCAAGGCGCUCCUAUAUUACCCGGCUAAGCUAGUUCAUAGCGCACACAGCUUUUAAAGGAAUUACUUCCUACCGGUACCCAUUUACCUCACCUGGGUUGAGUGCAGCACAUUGUGUAUCAGUUUCUUGCUGAAGGAAAUUACGCCAUGGCUGGGAUUUGAACCCACGACCCUCUGUUUCAAAGUCCGGAGACUAAUCCACUGGGCCACAACGCUCCAUAAAAGGGUGAUAAAAGGGUAUCAUUAUUAUGAUUAUGCACCCGGGACCCCGGGCAUAAUAACAAGCGAUACAGGUUCUUGGAGUUAAGCUCUCUUUGGGGGCGAAGGACCAAAAAGGCCCGACUAAUACAAAUCAUAAACCAUUUAGAAUGCUCUGUGCAGAACAGUAAUCAUAAAAUAAACUUAAUGAUACGCGAACCAAAUGAUUUAUUGGUGUUGUGAUGCCUUAUGGAUACAUCAAUUGAUUAGGUGCUGAAAUGUGAUAACUAUAAAAAAGCAAACAUGAUUACUGUAAUAAAUGAAAAUAAAUUUUCAAAAGACUGCUUUGUAAUUAAAUAAAUCAUAAAACACGCUUAUGGGACAGUUUGGCAAAGAGCCAUUUGGUAAAGAUUUACAAGUACAUGGGUGUGUGCAUAAUAAUAAGCAAUCGGUUUAAAACCUCAAGCUAUCGGAAAAUUGCAAUGUCUUCCAUGGGCGGAAAUCUGUCCCCAAGGUAGGGGGGGCAGGGGCUGGAAAGUUUGACAAGCAAAAAAAAGGUUAUCACCCAAAUUGUAAGGUCGUUUUAACCCCCAAAAAAAAUGUCAAGCAAAAAAAAAAAAAAAAGUUCCGCCCAAAAUGUAAGGUCAUUUUAGUAGAGAAUACACGUAGGCCUAUUAUUUCGUUUGUGAAUGAUGUUAUUUUUCUCCAUCAUAAAAAAAGGCAGGGGGACAUUUGAUAUUGUGUCCCUCCUACUAUUUUUGGUAGGGGUAUAUAACCAAUUACAUAGGAAACAUUUUGCGUCUAGGUUAAUCAGUCAUAGUGGCUGAUGUUAUAGACGACAGAUAUCACUCUCGGGCCUUUUUAUCAAUGUAGAGACAAUGGCAGAGUGGGGAUUCGAACUCACAGUCCUGCGAUUAUGAGGCCAAUGCUCUUAUAAGUAUAAUGAUAUAAGUAAGUAUAAUAGUAUAAAGGUAUAAGUUAGAUAUGUUUAGCUAAUAUCAUGUGAAGAACUCAAUAUAUUGGCCUGCCUGGCAGAUCAGAUCACUGAUCACUGGUUGAAACAAAAAUAUUCAUCUGGGAAGUAUAAAACUUUGUUGGGACAAGCUUUAAUUUUGGGCGAGGUGUAUCUCAGUAAUUGGCCAGAAUUCUGCGUAUUAUGACGUACGGGACGGUGAAUCUUUUUCUGUUUGCAUCGUUCAUUGAAGAAUCCUCAUUCAAUACAAUACAUUGUAUCAAUAUCCAGAUUUUAGUAAAGUGAUUAUGUUUUCAUGAUCUACUUCGCCAACUUGGGUUGGGUGACUAUACGGAAUGCCACCUUCACUGAUCAUACAUCGGCCAAAGAUGAAAUUACAUGUUUAUGGCAGGAAACAACACUUGCAAAAAAAAACAAGAAUGAAAACAAAAAAAGGGGAAACAUACAUGAAUUAAAUCUACCUCAAUCUAGUAGAGAAAUGACGAAGUUCAUAUUAUUACUCGCCCGAUUCCCAGGGCCAUGUAUAACUGUGGUUGUUCCAAAUUAAUGGGCCAUUAAAGAAAUAAAUGUACAGUUCAAAGGACUUCGCAAACAUUUGGAUGAACUUUUAUCUUGUAAUCAGGGUAAUAUAUAUUUAAUAGAUGUCUCUCCAUUGCUGUUCUAUUGAAAAAGAGCAAAUACUGACCUUGAACUUUAGAAGUUGUUGAACUCGGUAUUCUAAAACUGGGAAAAUGUUUGAAAAUAUACCCAAAGCAGUUACGCCUUCACAAUGUACGUAUUCAAGCCAUCAAUGCGAAAUGAUGUGUUUGCAUUUUUAUCUUUUACUUUGGGAAUAUUGAGACAGUCCUAUCUUAUGAUAUGCCAUUCGCGAAUUAUUAUAUAAUCAUUAAAAUAUCUUUUGGGGGCAGAUUUGCCUGUAUGUUUGUGGCAUAAUAAUGUGGGCACGAUUAUAAAAAAAAGUGCUUCUCUUUUUCCAGAUUUAUUCUAUCGAAAUCAGUUUAAGCUUCGCAUUUGCGUUUUUGUUUAGUGAGCGACGAAUCGUAAUAGGUUUAAAAAUGGAAAUAAAUUAAAUAUGU